CCCUCGUCGCAUCAAUCGGAACUAUCCUAAAUUGAUGCGCUAAUAUUGCUCACUACAAUCCUUUGCUUCACCACCCUAUAUCUCGCUCUGCUUGCCCCAGCACCUUCUCCGGCGCAAAAACAAGCCCGACGCGCGCAUUCCUCUAUCCGGCGCGCAAUUUGCCACAAUCCCAAACAAUCGCUCACGACUCUUUCUCGACUUCCUAUCGCUCCUUCUUCCUAUCAUCUCUACUACUCGUCGCGAACCACAUCAACAGCUCCACAUCAUGUUACUUCCUUCCGCUCUUUCCUGCGACGUACGGCGACCGUCGAGCCGGGCGCGUUUCACUCCCAAUCGCUCAUUCUCUACACCGCCACCGUCCGACGACGACUUCGUUCCUUCUGGCAACGGCCUCCUCGGCACCUGUCGCGCCUUACAAUUGCUUCUGAAUGGGUCACCCGCGCCGUCACCUCGAAGCGCAAAGCCUGAGCGUCUCCAAAGCCCUGUCCAGAUCAGGCCCGCUCCGUCCGUGCGAUUGCGAAAGCCUUCGUCGCGCCAGCACCAACCAGAGAUCAAACCCACACACAAUGUUGCGUCUAGGAUAACGCCUCAGAGCCCCUCAUCUGGCGCACUCAAGCGCCGGCGCGAUGCGUUCGAAUCAGAGACGGAGGACGAACUACCCAGCGCCACAACUCCCGUUCGCAAGAGCGUUACCGAAAGGACUUCAGAGGAGCUGUCAAGUCGAUCGCAACGCUUCGCGACCCCCAAACGUCACAGACACUUCCCUUGCGAUCUACCGCUCGGCCUCUCCCAAUCAGACUUCUACGCUCUUCAUUCACCACCAGUUUCACAAUCCCCUGCGACACCGGCGCAUCCGCGCCAAGCGGCCCAAGCGGCCACGAAACCCAGCGCAAGCGCAACACACUCUCACAAUCCCGACACAGCGCUCCCUUCAAUAGAGGAGUCAGAAGCCGCGCCAGCAGCUCCACCACAUCCUGAUUUCUCAUGGACCGACGACGACGACCGGCGCCUCGUCGACCUUGUGCUUGAAAAGUUCCAGCUAUCCCAGCGCGACUGGGACGAAUGCGCCGAGAAACUCGGCAAGGACCAAGCGUCCGUAGGACAUCGAUGGCAAGCCCUGCUCGGCGACGGUGACAUCGGGCUCCGUCGCGGUGGUCGCAAAGUCCGUCGUCGACUCGAUGAGAGCUGGCUGUGAAAGAUGUCACCUCAUCAUCCUCGUCUUCACUUCUUCACCUUCUUUUUUUUCCCUUCAAAACUUCUACCUUCAUCAUUUUGAUCUCCCCACCUCCUCCUUGACGGACCCCUCCAACCACCAAAUCCCUCGACGGGAUCCACCUUCUCUCCCUACUUCAACCCUACUUAUUCAUCUACUAAUGUAUCUAUGCAUGUAACUUAUUCAACAUUUAGGCCUUUGGUUCUUAUUCAUGGCUAUGUGGGGCAACGGGCCUUGGAUUUUGUUUUAUCUUUGUUUACGUGAUUCAAGCAUGCGGGAGGGACUUGUGAUUUUACUUUACUUGGCGGAUAUUCCCCCUUCUGUACUUUGCU